GAUCGUUCCAGAUCCUGUGGACCUGAACCUGUAUCUUGUAAUUUAGCCCGGCUUGUUUCGCCCGCACAUUGCAGCUUGAAAUAAUCAUGGAUGAUCUUCCUCCUGUCGAUGAAGAAAUGGCAGCUCACCCUGCUUCUGGUUCUGCGGAGUCAGGCGCAAGUGGAGCACCACAAGCAAGUGGAGCCCCAGGCGGACGAGGACCAGAUGGUGGAGCAGCGAGUGACAAGAACCGACACGCAGGUCAACAUGGACCAGGAAUUUCUCAAGGCGCAACUGCACGGCCAGAGCGGCCGCCUGCGAUUGGACCUGGGCAGCCUGAGACUGAACUGCAGCGACACAUUCUUCUUCCGGAACUCCUUCGUGAGCCGCAAGGUGGCGCUGGACUUCAUGCACCUAUGGCUGCUCGCGCCAUGUGGGGUCGCCAGCACUGGUGGGUCGUCCGCGUCCCCACCCGUUUCAGCAGCCCCCGACCCAGGAUCCGAAGAACAAGUGGGCGCGGCUGCCGCAAGAACCACUCAGCAACAGGUCCCUGGAUUAUCCCCGAGCGACGUUUCAACGCGUUCCCAAGCAAGUCAAGCAGUCCGGGCAGAACUGGAACGAGAUAUAUUUGGAGUGUCCACCGAAGUCUCUCCCGCUUCGCGCGAGCACGUAGUUGUACCAGCGUCCGCGGAGGGACUGUUGAGCCCGAAUGCGAGCCCGAGCCCCGAACAACAUGCCACCAAGACGAAGAUGUAUCAACGAGCCCCGAUGCUAGCAGCGCGAGGCGCCGGCACGACCGCGACCCGGACACCGUUUGAUUUGCUCGUACGACACGGUGGCCUGAAGAACCUCUGGAGCCAUGGGGGCUUCAACUCCUGGAGUCUAGAAUACAUGUCAGAGACCGAAGACGAAAUUCUCAACAAAAUCGUGCCCAUUCGAAACGUUCAUAACAAGCAAACCUCGGUGAUGACGCUGCGCCGCCAGAUCGCGGAGCGGUUCGUGAAGUGCGAGCACAAGGACGCGCGAAAGGACCCCACACGCACCGCCUCCCUGUUCGAAAGUUUCACUGCGGGACUCUGGGACCACUGCUUCAGCGAGGAAAUGGAGAAAGAGACUCAGCCUGCUGCAUUGACAUCCGCACAACAGCUUCUCGGUGAAGAUCAUGCGAAUCAAGAUAAAUCGAAACCCUUGCUGCACCAAUUACUCGAAGAACAGCACAGCAUGGCUAUCCGCUCCCUAGAAACAGAUGAGGAGCAGAACCAACAAACCUACGCAGCGCAUAUGCGCGGCUGGCAGUUGAUGCAGCAUCGUUAUGGCUUCUCCGGAAACUUUGUGCAUCGUAUGGUGCGAGAUCCUCGUGGCACGCCGGUUGUCGUGGAGGAGGAUGACGACGAAGCAACAGACGAAUUAUCCAGUGAGACCGAAACGCCGGGAACCGAACCGCCUUCAACUACGACCGCUGACGCCACCGCAGUGCAGACGACCGUUUAUUCUGCAGCGACAAAGAAGAAGAAGAAGCUGGUGACAAAGCACCGUCCGAUUAUGCACGACAUCGUGUACCAUUUUCUCGCGCGCAGCCGCGACAACCCCGGGCGUGUGGUGAUCGUGGAUAAGAUGCAAGACAUUGACCCGCAGUGGUACCUGCACAAAGUUGACAAGAAGCUGUACAUCAUGAUUGGCGAGCUGCGCAACAUCUCGCACUUCACCCGCUGGGCCUUCUGGCUGUUUGAGCUCCUCUCCCCGAACUCCUGGCUAUUGCACCUGGUCAAGAAGGAAAACUUGAAGGUCUUCAUCAUGGGCACGAAGUUCUGGCACGACUGGAGGGACACGUUGCCGCACAACAAUCUCCUCCUAGACGUGGUUUUGCAGUCCAUCAUUUUUCCGCGCCUGAAUAACCAAGACCACGGUGAACCAGAACAACAUCCCUACUUCACCGGGGCGGAGUUCUGCAAUGGCGGAGAGGACGCGCAGUGCCACAGGUGGUCUCCCGCCCGGCAGAGGGCCAAGAAGACCGGGGUUGCGCCCGCGGUCGAACUUCGAAAUGCAAUUUGGUACCAGCUGAUACGCUUCGCGGCAAAGGGGCCUCCUUCGGAAGUAGAUAAUGUUGACGAUGAGAGUCUUGCAAAUGCAAUUUCAUCUCGGCGCGGCGGCACUGAGGAGCCAGAAGCGGACUCGUCGCCAGCCUCGGACGACACCCUCGCGCCCGGGGAGGCGCGUUUUGAAUACAUGGGCUGCUUCUCCGACGACACUUUGGAGCGCGCGUUCGAGAUCUCGGUCGGCCGGCUCCCUUUGAACAUGCUGGAGUCUUGCGCGGGGGUGUGUCGGCUGCAGUACCACACGGCGUACUUCGGGAUCCAGGACGGGAACUUCUGCUUUUGCACGCGCAAAACCAUGUCCUUGUCCUUCGGCGUUAUGUAUUGGUCCACCGACGCGGAGCUGGAGCUGGAGGAGGAAUCCGAAAAACAGUUUGACAUUGCGCGGUUCCCGAAAGUGGUAGACGCGGACUGCAGGGUGGGGUACUCCGGCACCCAUGGGUGCAACGAAGAGGUCUUUGGCGGCAUGUGCGGAGGUCCCUGGCGCACGGCCGCAUUUCGGUUUCUAGACCGACGCAUACCGAUAAAGGAGCCGUCGGUUGCAGCACAAAAAAGCAGCGCCGGAUCGGUUGGACAAGAAACGGAACCCGAUCCAGAGUCAUCGUCAUCCGAUCAGUCAUCGGCUAGAACUCCUAGUAAUUCACUACCCACCUCGCGCAAGAUUCAUCAGAUCGCUGCCUCUAUCAGAAAGCGUUGCACCAAACCUGCGCCUGAUAUUGAAAGUCGUGGAAUUAUCCAGCACCAAGAAGCUGCUGGGCAAAAUGAAGAGUUGCGCAACUCGCAAACUAAAGCAGCCACGCAUGAUCUACUGCUCCCUGCUGAAGUUGCAAACUGCUACGCCGAGCAUGUCGAGGCCUAUGUACAGAGAAAAAUGGCGACUACCAGGUUUCUCUUCGGCAACGAGGCCGACGAACCCGUCGAGAUCGCGACGUGGCACGAAUCCGUCAGCAACCUGCGCUCCAUUACCUUUGCUGUCUUGACUAUCGCAAGAAAAAAGAAAAACUGUUUCACUGUAAACCUGUAAUGCAGAAAAAGCAUCACUAAAGUGUUUGUCUUGCUACACAUGCAAGACAAGUGACUUUUAGCGGUGUUUUCCCUUAGGAUCCUCGCAUGGCAAGUUUUCUUUGUAAUGUGUAGCGAACUUGCAAUGCAAAACUUGCAAAAUCCUUACAGUGAAGCAGUUUCUUCUUUUGAUAUUGACCGGCUUUUACAGCCGCCACCGCGUUGACUGGGUGGUGCAGAAGGCGCGAGACGGUUUGUCAUGUAGUACGAAAAGCGCACACCUCCUACGCGCGCGAGUGUGGGACAUGUGUAAAAUUCCAAGACCUGACACUACUCGUCCAACAGGAGGAGCUCUGGAACAUACAACUCCGGCUGAUACCUUUUUUAACAAGCAGCCCGACCACGCACCACGGGGACUACACUCGCGAUGGAACAAGCGGACCCUCCCGGGCGAGUUCGGCGGUCGCCGGUGUAUCUUGAUUCUACGGCACGGUCGUGUCGCCGGGCAGCGCCAGUGGACGAACUUGGAGGGUAUCGUGUCCUACUUCGAGAAAAAACUCUCGCUGAAGCAUUCCGCCAACGUGAACGAGUGCCUGGGCGGCGAGGAUGAAGAUCUGGACGACAACUACACGGAAGAGGAUUUAAAAGUAGACCACGACGACAGUACCAGAAAUAAUCCUCCUGCUCCACCUCGGAAACUGAAGCUUUCGCUCCAUGUUCUGCGGAUGAUUGACCUAACGCCGUGCGUAUGAAAUGCAAAAGCAUCGUACUAGUAUAAAUCGCAUGACAAAUCCCCUCAGCAUGAAAAGUGGAAUUUGUAAUGCGGAUUGAGGUUAAGAAGGAGAUUUGUAAUGCAUGACUAUGAUUACUGUAGUACGAUACUUUUGCACAGGAUAGUGCGAGCAGGUGCGGGUGAUGCAGCGGGCCGUCCUGGUGAUCGCGCGGCACGGGGCGGACGUGACGAACCUCGUGUGGAUGCAGCCGGUAUGGAUUGCAAAAAUGUCUGGGUCUGGAAGAAUGCGAGAUCUGUCAUGCAGUUUUUGCCUGACCCAGAUCGUCUGGCAUGCAAGCUCUAGCAUCACAGAUUUUGAGCACUUAUUCCAAUGCCUAAUCCGCAUGACAAAUCCUCCUUCUCGGAAACAAGAAAUGGGGCUUUUUGCUAGCCAUGCAUGACAGAUUUUAUCUUGAUGUAGACUUCGCAUCACAAAUUCGAAUCCUUCCAGACCCAGACAUUUUUGCAUUUGAUAGCCGGACGCGAUGCUUCUGGAGAUCAACUUCCAGCAGACGUGCCAGGGCGUGAAGCCCUACAUGUGGCAAACGUUGGAGCCGUACUUGGACCAGAUCCAGAACCCCAAGGAGGAGAAGAUUCACUUCGGGAUUUCGGGCGACGAAGGCUCGCACGCGUUCGACCGGGUCUUGCUUCAGCGCCGGGCGCUCAAGUACUCCCCGGUAUCCUGUGCAAAAGUAUCGUACUCGUAUUGCAAUAAUGCAUUACAAAUCCUGUUCUUAGGGCAAAUUAGCAUUACAAAUUUUAUUUCUCAUGCUGAGGAAAUUUGUAAUGCAUUUACACGAGUACGAUACUUUUGCAAUUCAAACCCACUGAUGCACUGCAACGACACGGCGCUGACCACCACCAACCACGUAUCCUGUGUAAAAACAUCCCCACCCCAGAGUUGUCAUGCAGAUCUGCAAGCACAAGUGCAUUUGUAAUGCGCAUCCCCAUGAUAGGCAUUCCCGAUCGUGUUUUGGAACUUGUAAUGCUGUAAACAGGAUAUGCAGAUGGAUUUGUAAUGCGACAUCCCUUGCUAAACUGCAUUACAAUACAGCCUGCAAUUUGUCAUGCGGGGCUCCCAAAACUUCAAAUCAAGGUUUGUGUUGCAAAAUCCUCAUCUUGACUCUGGUGUGGGGACGUUUUUCUCUAGGAUACCACGGCUACUAUUCCGAGUUCGCGAAGACGCUCAGCGUCGGCUACGACUACCUCGAGCUGCCGCUCGUCGACCUGCGCAACUCCAGCGACACCAACGCCGUGGUGGAUCCCCAGGGAAGCCUCAAAUACAUGGACUUCUUUCUCCCGAUCGAGGAUCUGGACCAGAAAGUGGGCCGGUUCCUCGAUAAGCUCCGACGCCGCGUGCACGACAGCACGAAGGAAAUAAAAACAAAUAAUCUACUGUAGAAGUAGAUCGAAAAAAUGAUGGAAAUGGCCUUGGCCGUGAACAUUACUCGACACAAACAAAGGAAUAACUCCACUAACUUCCGUGCGUUGUACGGAACGCAGCGAACAAAGCUAAUAGUAUUUCACUACAUGUCUUUAAGCAGGCGAAACUGCGACAGCGUCGAAGAACCUACUGCUCCUAGUCUAGCUGGACUUCACUACAAUUUUAAGAACAAAACUGUGCUUUUUUUUUUCGCGUACGAAUGGGGAAACCUGCAGCGACACA